AUGGAAUCAUUCAACGAGUCAGCAAAUCCAAAUAAAAACCAAGACAUUAACCCUUCUUUGAUGUUUGUUGAAGAAGCAAUUACGGCGGGCCAAGGGCAUAUAGGAAAACAAAAAGGGAUAACCCACAACCAAGUUAAUGAAGUUGAGGGUAAAACACCGAAUUCUAUUAGCAAAGGGAAACCCAAGGCCACAGCUCAGUCGGACCUACUCAAAGGGGAAUUAGCGCCAGUGAAUAACAGUCAACAGAGACAAGGUCCACCCAAGUUGUCUUGUACCCAAGUUGCGAAGGCAGGCAAAUCAAACAUGAAUGCCACUAGUAGCAAGGACCAGGGGAAAGCCAAUAUAACCCCAUUGAGGGAUGUGGGAGGAUCCAUGGAGGUUCCACAACCUAGGAAAAACUUACCCCAAGUGGGAAAUAUGGUUGCUAGUAGCAGUAGUGCCAUCAAGUCAAUUACCAACCAGUGUCCAAAUGGACCACAAGAUGAAACCCAAGUAACUACUAACAUUGUCAUUGCUAUUAUUGUAAGUGAUAAAAAUCAUACAAAGCAGUUUUCUAAGCCAAUUCAGUCCCCUAAAAAAUUUGAAAGCUUAAAUAUCGAAGGAGAUAAAAUUGUUGUGGAUUUAUCCCCAGUCCCUUGUAUUAAUAGUGGUAAUGUGGCUAUUAACAAGAGACAAGUGAUGGAGGUUGAAUCCAUUGGGCAUAAACCAUAG